UUAAUUAUGAGUCCAGCUUUAUCAUCUCGGGAUAAAAUUGACAGAUCUCUUGUUAGUCUUAUACGAGGAAUAAAUGGAAGAAAAACUACAGUGGAACUUCGCAAUGAAAAAAAAGCGUUCGGAACAUUGGAAAGUGUCGAUCACAACAUGAAUAUCCAUAUGUCGGAUGUUACACUUACCGAUAUUUUCGGAUCCGAAACAGUGUUCGAUAAAUUUUUUGUCCGAGGGACGAAUAUUAGAUACGUUCAAAUUCCUAGUGAUGUCUCGAUAACUGAAAUUUUACAUCAGCAAGAAUUGAUCAUAAAGAAA